AUGGACAUUGGUGAUUUUGAUGAACUGGUCCAUCUACUUGCUCCGAUUUUGCAUAAGCAAGAUACCAACAUGACAGAAUGCAUAAAACUAGAGGAAAUGUGUUGUAUCACAUUAAGAUAUCUUGCAAGCGGUGAAUCAUUCAGAUCUUUAGAGUAUCAAUUCCGGAUCAGUAAGAAAGCAAUAUCUUAUAUAGUUCAGGAGGUGUGUAGUGCUAUCGCUAAAACUUUGGGAAAAAAUAACUUUAAAACACCGGAAACAACAGAAGAAUGGAUGGAAAUUGCAAAAAAAUUUUAUCAUCAAUGGAAUUUUUCAAAUGGAUUAGGUGGUGUCGACGGAAAACACAUUGCUAUACAGCAACCAAAAAACUCUGGCUCGGAUUAUAGAAACUACAAAGGAAGUGAUAGUGUCAUUUUGAUGGGAAUGAUUGGACCAGAAUACGAAUUCCUUUUCGCUGAUGUAGGGAUGAAUUGCAGAAAUUCAGAUGGCGGGAAUUGGUCCCAAAGUCACGCUUUAUGUCUUCUUUUGAAAACUUCCCAUCGAAUAGCUGUACUAGUUUUUCAUAAAGAGAACCCCUCAAAUUGCGAUCUCGGUACUCAGUCAGGUGGUGGUUCCAAAGCGAUGGGUUGGAAUUGA